AGGUUGUGAAUGCAUAUAACAAUGUUUGUGCAGCCACUGUUGCUUCUCACUAUAAUGAACUCUUGGGUUGCUCAGAAUGCUCAAGGCUUGAUGUGCAGUGACAUGACAUUUCGAGAAGCAGAACAGCAGCAUGGUGCUGAAAUAACUGGUCUUAAUACCAGCUGUAAUGUAGCACAGCUAGUUAGUUCAGGCCUGUUGGCCUUGAAGCAACCACAGACCCCAAGCAGCAGGAACAGGGGUGGAAGUGGUGGCAACACAGUGGCAGCUGUAUUUCGAUUACUUGGUUUGGAGCCUUCACGUCUUCGAGCAGUCACUCUCAAUUCUCUUCUUUUUAUUGCACAGCUUAUCAGCAAUUUCUUCAUCCAACAAGGAGCACCCAAAAAUACUGGGAAGCAAGGAAAAAAACAUCAAGAUUCUCUGCUGCCAUGGAUCCUGCAGAAUCCUACAGUUCAGAAGUUUGUGCCAUCUGUAAAGGAUCAGUCCCUGGCUGAUCGUGUUAUGGAUGCUGUAAAUGGUCACAUUUCACAGUACGCCAAUCUGACAUGCCCUCAGCUGCUUAUUUGUAGACUCAUGCCAUUCAUUCGUGGCAUGCAGAGGUCUGUGAUUCCCCUUCUAUCAGAAGCAGACUUUUACUCCAUGACAGGGAUAAAUAUUUUCUUCAGCAGUCUCCCUGAGGAAAAAGAAAUGGAAGACAUCGCAGAUAAAUGUGGUUUGCAGUACCCAGGAUGUGUGUAUUAAUAUUUAAUAGAUACUGGAAAGGAAACACAUUUUAUAAACUAAACUUGAUGGAGUAAUGACAAUAUUAUGAAAUGGAUAGAUUGCUACUCACCACAAUGGAGCUGUUGAGUCGCAGAUAGGCACAACAAGUGGUGAGUAGCAAUCUAUCCUUUUUGUAAUAUUGUCAUCAUUCCAUCCUGGAUUUGCAUUGUUUAAACUUGAUGGAGUGCAACAAAGCAGUCAUUAAAGUUACUGUUGUAUUAUGUUGAACAACUCAGUAAUUUACUAAGUCUUACAUAUUCCUAACAUACUGUUGCCUGGAACAGCAACCAACACAAUGAGAAAAAAAUUUAUGUUUUAUUCUAUAGUCGCCGAGUUUUAUUUUUAAUUUGCCCACUAGGUACACAGUACCAUCCCCAGGCCCUCACAUGGCACAAAGUCAUUUCACUCGGUUCCCUAGUAGCUGUGUCAAAUACUGACAAAUAACACACCUUCUUGGAAAAUGAGCAUGAAGACUGUGUAGCCUGAGGAUGGUAUUGUGGACCAAAACCAGUAGCCACUAUGCACAGUAGUAAUAAAAAUUGUGACUAUAUACUAAAACAUAUAUUUUUUUCUUAUUAAGUAUUGUUAUGGUGGAAGUGGACAAUUAAUGUUUUAUUUCUGAACAUGAAAUACAAUCAGGAUCAACUUUUUGUCCCGUCAGCAUUGGCAAAAGUGAAAUUCAUGUAAAGCAAAAAAUAAAAAUCAAUGAACAGAAUUUGAAUAACGAACUCAUAAAUAACAACCCAAAUGGCUCAAGUUUUGAACUGCUGAUCAUAUUCAAAACUAAACAUGUUUGAAAACUUUAUUUUGUUGUAUUCAUGUUAAGAAAUGUAAGAAAUAUGCUCAUUUCAAAACCAAAUUUUCGCAGCAUAUGCAGCUGUGUCAUUCUACCAAAUAUUUUUUGCUGAACCUAGGAAUGCACAUAACGUUUUGUGUUCAUAAUUUGUCUUUGUAUAAAUAGAGAGUUAAGCGUGGACUAUUGUACUCUUCCAACAUAAAAACAACCUGAUAGAUUUCUGUUAUGUAUUUGGAUUUGCUCAUACAUUUGUGUGGACAGUUGAUUGGUGGCCAUGCCCACAUUAAAUACUGUGUAAAAGUUACAGGAAAGGUGCUAUAUGCCCAUGCUGUUUUCCUAGGUGUCUCUGCCCCAUUGGGUUAGAAUAUGACUAUGAUGGUCUGAAACAUGGUGAACUGGGCGGGUGCGUAAGACAGGUCUUACACUGGGGUCAUCCACAGAGGUUUCACCCAUGUGACAAGAGUUUGAGAAUAGGAAUGGUAUAAGAAUGGACCAAGAUCUUUUUCUCUAAUGGCCCCUAACCCCUCCCUGUUUCCUUUCUCCCAAAGUUCACGGCACCUGAUACAGCUGUCAUCCUAGGUCAGCUGCAGACUGGAGCAGUAUAGUCAGCUGGGACAAAGUAGCUGCACAGGUGUAUGCAUGUGCAUAUUUAUUAUUUAACUGUUAGCCCUGAAGAAGACAUUGUUUGAAAGCUUUGCAAGUUACAGUCUUGUUUAAGUGCAUAUUGAUCACUCAAUGCCUCAGUUAUGUAGUGAGUUGUGAUGUUUCUUGCUUCCAUCAUUUACAUUACACCAAGGACUUUCCAUUACCAAAUUUACAAGUUAAGUGACUGUGAGAGGAACUGUCGGUUCUGAUGAAAAUAUUCUAUCUGCUUUGUUUGUUUGUUUGUUUUCUAUGAGAUCAAUUAACUGGGUAAAUUCUUUCGCUCCACUAAGACUGUUGAUGAUGAGAAUGCCAUAGAGAAAAAUCUUAAUGAUGUUUUCCUAUUAAGUGUGGUGUAUUCAGGUAGUUCAUGAGGUUUGAAAUGUUUGGGAGUCUAGUUAAACAGGUUCUGUAUGAAAGAACGAUUUGUUGGAUAAGUACAUUGGACAGAACUUGCAGAUAUGUGGGAAGGGGUUGAGAGUAGGUUCAGCAUAAGGGUGGGCCAGCGUAUUUCAUAGUUUGGAUAGUCAAAUUUUUCUAUUUAAAUCUACAACACAUAGUUUUUAUUACAACCCUUGCAAGUAGAUAUUUAGCAUAUGUUAGUGUAAUUAGUUCUCCAACAGAAAACACAUUUUGAUCAGAGGUUGAAUUAUUCAUAAAAUGAUGAUUGUUAUAAAAACUAACUUAAUAAUUUUCAUUACUUAAAGAAUUGGCUCCAUCCAUUGUAUUUCAAUGUCUUUAUUGUUGCUCAGUAUCUAAGAGUAUUCUUUUAGUUGCAGGAGGCUAGAUUUUGGUUUAAAAUAUAUACGUUGAAACAAUUAGUUGCACAUACAUUAUCUUCCAUACACAAUAUUUAAUAUUCAUCCUUUUUACACUGCACAAUCUCAGUAUUGAUACAUAUCUGGACUUUACAAAAUAUGUGACACACAUAGUACAGUACAAUCAUUUUCUGUGAACUUACAACUUAAACUUGCAGCUGACUUGCCAAGAAGAAUAAAUACAUUACACAUCAAAGUAACUCUUUAACUUAACAAAGAGCUUGCAUAUUGCC